CUUCCUUUGGUCGGUUGAUGUUGAAAUUCAAUUCAUGUUUAUUAUCCUAAACUUUGAUUGUUUAUUUUAGUUUAUUUUCGAGACUAAUUUUACUGUGUACAAGUGAGGUAAAUGUUGUACUAUGUACGAGUUUGUUAUCACCAUUCGAUCAAUAAGUUUCAUACUUGAAUCAAAUGAUAUAUGAAUCAUGAUGAGGAUUAUCGAUUCAAUGAUCAAAAACAAACUUGUGCAUGAUACAACAUUCCUUAUUCCUUAUUUGUGCAGCGUACAGAUACAUGGAGAACAUUAAGGACAUCAUAGUUUAUGCUUCUGGGGUUAAUCCGGAAAUGGAGAAAACGGGAAAAGUGUUGAUGAGCAAGUAUGAGUUUGGCAAACUAUUAGGCCAAGGUAACUUUGCAAAAGUUUACCUUGCAAGGGACCUGAGAACUGGUGACAAUGUUGCUAUUAAGGUUAUCGACAAGGAGAAAGUCUUAAAAUUGGGAUUCGAGGUUCAAACACGGCGAGAGGUUUUGACCAUGAGACAGGUUAAACACCCGAAUAUUCUGCGUCUCUACGAGGUUUCGGCUACCAAAACAAAGAUUUACUUAAUUAUUGAGUAUGCCAAAGGUGGUGAGCUUUUUGAGAAAAUAGAAAAAGGCAGAUUAUGCGAGAAUCAAGCAAGAAAAUACUUCCAACAACUGAUAAAAGCUCUUGAUUUCUGCCACAAACAGGGCGUUUACCAUCGGGAUUUGAAGCCUGAGAAUUUGCUUUUGGACGAGAAUGGUGAUCUCAAAAUAGCCGAUUUCGGAAUGAGUACGUUCCUGGAAGCUCAUCAGCGCAACAGCUUGCUGAAAACAGCGUGUGGAACUCCGGCAUAUGUAGCUCCUGAGGUUGUGUGCCGAAAAGGUUAUUAUGGAGCUAAAAGUGAUGUAUGGUCGUGUGGAGUGAUCCUAUAUACUCUUUUGGCGGGCUAUUUACCGUUUUAUGACAAUAAUCUUAUGGUUCUGUAUGGAAAAAUCUACCGGGGCGAAUACAGUUGUCCAAACUGGUUUCCAUUGGACAUACGGAGAUUGUUAGCCCGAAUUCUAGACCCUAAUCCGAAUAAAAGGAUAACCACUGCUAAGAUAAUGGAAAAUCCUUGGUUCCGAAGAGGGUUAUAUCCGAAAGCUGUUCAAAUGAAAAAAGAGAUUACAGAUGUAGCUGAUGAUGAAACUGCUGCUGUUAAGCCAACCCAAGCAUUGGCUCAACCAACAUAUUUAAAUGCUUUUUACAUACUUUCUUUGUCUGCAGGGCUUGAUUUGUCUGUCCUUUUCGCAACUGAUAACAGCGAAAAGGAAGACUUUAAGUUUACAUCCAUGAGCUCGCCCUCUUCUAUCGUGGCAACAAUAGAGGACGUUGCGUGCAUUCUGCAGAUGGAGAUAGUUAAGACGGAUGGAGGGAUGCUGAAGUUGGAGUGGCCAAGGGAGCGUCGAGAAGAGCCACUUAUCAUUUCUGCUGAAAUAUUCGAGUUCGCUCCGUCUUUCUAUUUGGUGGAGAUGAAGAAGUCCUGCGGUGAUGCGUUAGAGUACCAGAAGAUAAUGAUGGGACAUAUAAGGCCAGCUCUCAAAGAUAUUGUCUGGAUUUGGCAAGGUGAGAAGUAGAACAGCAUUAGCAAGGCGGUGGUUAGUCCUGAAGAGAUUAAUCGAUUUCAUAUUUGGAAUUAUUUCUGCAAAAUAUUAUAUUAGUACCAAAUAUUUCAAAAAACAAAAAUUUCCCCUGUAAUAAACAUGCUCUUUGGUUUUA